AAAAAGAGGGCCGCACCGUUUCUUCCUAGUCCCCACACUCUCCUCCUCCCUGCUCACAAAAUCUCAUAGUCUCACCUCCAAAAUCUUUCCCACCACACAAAACAUAAACAACACCUCAAGCACGCCCAUCCCUCAGCUAAGCAACCAGGGACAUGGCAAAUUCUGCAGCCAAUCUUACCCGAAGUCUCAUCUUAUUCCUCUUUGCCGCCGUCUUUGCUGUCGUUGAGCUCGCUGCAAGAAAUCCGGUUAAGUCGGUUCAGGCGGACCUGCAGGCUGCAUACAAGUUCGAGCCUGCGGAUAUUUCGGUUGAGAAUUACCCGAUCCCUGAGGCCGGGAAUGAUGACCCGAGACAGCAGUUCGCCCCGUUCCAGAUCUGUUUGCCUUGCAAGUGCUGUGCGGCGGCCUCCCCUGCACCGACCUGCACGACCAUGCCGUGCUGCUUCGGCAUCGACUGCCAAAUCCCGAAAAAGCCAUUCGGGUUCUGCGCCUUUGUCCCCAAGACCUGCAAUUGCACAUCCUGUGCUGUGUAGUACUUUCAGAUUACAAGCUCCUCCUAUACCACAGAUAUUGCAAGUUAUACAUUUGAUGGAAUAAGAAAGUCGGUAUAAUUAACCGGUGAUAGUA